AUGUCUACUGUCGAUCUACCAGACCAUUUGGUUUCGCUACUUAAGACAUCCAAAUACGUGCAUUUGGCCACUGCUUCCAAGGAUUGCAUCCCAAAUGUCUCCUUAAUGAACUAUACUUACGUACCACCUCACAGAGCAUUCCAGGAAGAAAGCUCCAACAGCCAUUAUGUGAUCUUCGCCACGUCUAAAUCUACCCAGAAAUAUAAGAAUAUUAUUGCAAACCCAGCAGUGUCGUUAUUAAUCCAUGAUUGGGUUACAGCUAAGAAGUUAUCAUUAAGGAAAAAUAGUGUUUCUAGCACGCCCACUGCAGAUAACGAAAAUUCAGAGGAGCAACCAAGCAGGUUGCUCAAUUUGUUGCAAGAAUUGAACCAGUCAGAGUUGUCGCAAAUGUCAGCCACUCUAUCAGGAACUGCAUCUGUAAUUGAACCAUCAUCUGAGGAAUCCGAGUACUAUGAGAAGCAACUACUUGCAGCCAACCCAGAUGCCAACUGUUACAUUAAGGGAGAUGACACUGUUAUAAUCAAGGUUAAAAUUUUAAAUGCUAAGGUCUCCGACAGCGAAAACAGAACGAGCUUCUAUGACUAA